CGUAGGUUUGAAAAACAGCCAAUUGUGUGCGCGCUCGCGAUACGCACUUCCGCAGUGUGGGUCACGGAGACCACGUCUCUCCCUCUGAUCACUGACUUGGGUUCGGGUUCAGGCUUGACCCGCGCACGGUACUGUCAGGACUCGGGGUUUAGAUGACACCAUGGAAGAAAGCCGGAUCCUGUGAUCAGAUCAGGAACAUCAUAUGAUCAAACCCCAAUCCCGAGACCAGGAGCCUCUGGGAGACUCGAUUAGCAGGGUAAAGAUGCCGAUCGACAGGCAGCGGAUGCGUCCAUGGCUCGAGGAGCAGAUAAACGGUGGUAAAAUCCAGGGCCUGAUCUGGGUUAAUAAGGAAGAAAAGAUAUUCCAGAUCCCUUGGAUACACGCUGCUCGGCAUGGCUGGGAAUUGGAUAAAGACGCUCCGCUCUUUAUGAACUGGGCCAUUCACACAGGAAAAUACCAACCCGGAGUGAACAAACCUGACCCCAAGACAUGGAAGGCGAACUUCCGCUGUGCCAUGAACUCCUUGCCAGACAUAGAGGAAGUAAAAGACAAAAGUAUGAAAAGUGGAAGCAACGCAUUCAGGAUGUAUCGAAUGCUUUCUCCAGUAGAAAGAGCAGCCAAGAAAGCAAAGAAGAAAAAGAUGGAACGCGAGGCAAAAGCAAAAGGCCCUACACAGAGACGGAAAGCCAAAAACAGCGAGCUGGAGAAAGAGCUGCAGUUAAAGGAAGACACGCUGCCAGACAGCACUGUUUUAUUAACAGAACCGGAUCGAAGCCAGGCCUCAACCAGAUCUGAACCAGAUCGCAGUUCGCCAAAUAAGACGACGAUAAGCUAUCUACCCGACAUCUGUGCCGUGGUGGAGGUCACCACCGAGAACGAGGAGUCAGCAGUCAGCUCCACUCAGAUCCCCUACAACUUGCAGAUCUCCCCCGCAUCAUGUUACGUUGACAGCGAUGCUGAGAGCACACACAGCGAGGAAGACUCGGAGCUCCAGCCUCAGGACUUGUCCGUCAGUUCGAGAAAGUCUUGCUCCUCAGUGCUCAGGAUAGCACCCAGCCUCCUGGAAAAAACACACUCGUUACUGGCAGAAAAGUCGAACUUCUGGGUGACGAGCUGCCGAGAGGAUUCGCCCAUGAUCAGCUACGACAUGGAGCCCUGGCGUCCCUUCAUCCCCGCCCUCACCUUCGACUUCAGCACCAGCUCCACGGCACGCGCUAGUGUCAUUAUGAAGGCCAUGGACCUUUCCUCUAAAAAGACGUAGAAGACGGAAUUUGCGCUGAACAGCUGCUCUGCUGCAUGUCUUUUUUUUUUUUUUUUUUCCUCCUGUCCUUUUCAUCGCUGUCCUUGGAGAGGUGCAGUAAAAGGUGUUUUUUUGUUUUGUUUUUUCCCCUUUCCCUUUAUUUCUUUUCCUGGUGCUAUUUUCAAUCCCUGGAAGCGUGUAAGGAGUAACUUUUAUCUGAAUGUAAGGCCAUGCAAAGUUAAAAAAGCUACAAGUAUACAAGUUGUCUUUAUAUAGCAAUAACAUUAAAGUCGUGUCUCCCGAGUUAGCAGCUAGGAUCAUUUCAGAGCGGAUUAUCUUUAAUCCUAAAAUAUUUAACUUGAACAUGUUUCUGCACCAUCUAGUAUUUUAUAGCCCUGUCAGGAUUGGAAUGUUUUAGCUGUCCACUUAUAAAAUAACAAGCAACACUUGUUAACACACUUUAAUUUAACUAAAGAUAAAUAUACAAAAAUUUUCAAUCGCGUUUUCUGGCGAUAAAUCGAGAUGUCGGGUAUAACAUCAUCAUCACGUACUUAUUCAACACUACAGUAUUUUUUCAUUUUUCCGUUAAUGUAGAAAACCUAAGCUAUUUAAUUUUGCAUGGCCUAAACCAGACAUACCUCAGCUAAACAGUACGUUUAAAAAGAAAAAAGAAAAAAAGAACAAA